UUUGGCGCACCUGACCGCAAGGAACAGUUAUUAAAGAUGAUGGCAAUAGACCAACAACAAGGCUUUGUACAUUAGAAUAUAGCGACAAGCGGAAAUAGAAAGAAAAAUAAAAAAAUUAGCACGAACUGCGUUGAACAGCCGACAUACAGUUGAAGUUGAAAUCUCACAACGAUGAUACGAAUGGAACGGCUUUUCGUCAUUUCAUUUUGUGCUGGCAUCCUAACGAGGAACGAAAGUAUAAACAAAUCAGCUGAUCGAUUGAUAUCACAUGUACUAUGUAAUAGAUUCUCCUUGCCUGAUCGCAUGAUGCUAUUUGACGUUCUUAACUAUCGAUAAAAUCUCACCUCUGAAAACAAAAGGGUCUCAUCGCCAACCACUCAAGGAGGAAGAAAUUAUAAACAAUUAUAGCUGCGAUUCAAAAUUACUCAUUAUUCAUUAGCGAAUAUAGAAGAAGGGCAAGACAUGCAAACAACAACGACAUCAGUCGGCGAAAAAAGCUUCAACACCAUCUCAGCAUUCACAGAUUGGCACUAUUGGUGUCGACUUUGCGCAAAGAUUGAUACACACAGUGAAAAUAUUUUCUAUGAACAUCAACCACAAAUAACUUACUCGGGGGGCAAAAGUGACGAUAAUAGAUGUACAAUGGCCGUAGCAAUAGGAAAAUAUUUUUACGUACAAAUAAAACACGACGACGAUUUGCCCAAAUUAUUAUGCACAGAGUGCAUUUCAUUGGUGACAACCCUUCUAGAUUUUAAUCAACGUGUUGAUAAAGUGCAAGAAAUGUAUGCUGCUCUGCAGAGUGCUCAAUUCAGUAACGAUACAGAUUUCCAGUCUAUUCGACUAAAAUAUGGAAUUUUGAAGGAAGAUCCAGCUCAAUUAUACAAGCACCAACAUCAAGAAGAUUAUUUUACUGAGACGAUUGAUCAAACAAGUAUGGCUAACAUGCACAAUUUUGAAGUUAAACUAAUAAAAGAAAUCUCGAGGGAUGACAUCCAAGACGAUGAAGUUGACUAUGCCAAAGAACCUGAGGGAGCUAGAAGUGAUCCUUUUGUCAGCAAAAUUGGCGUAGAGACCGCUGAGGGCCAGACAUUUUCUGCAAUAAAAGAAUGUGAUGAAGAAAGUAGUGACGGUAAACUUUCUAAUUUCAUAAAUUCGAAAGAAAAACAUAAGUUAUUCAAAACCAAAAUAUUCAUAAAUGAAAAGGGAGAAUCAUCAAAGGAAGAUAAUAACUUAAAACUAAUGGAUGAUAACCGUAAACGAUCUGGCAAAAGUAGUCAUAAGCAAAAGAUCAAAAAGUGCGUUCCUGAUUCCGAGGUAGGGUCAACCGACAACCAGUUCUUUUGUAGUGACUGCUCACUUCAUUUUCAACGUCGUGGCAAUUUUCGUGUACAUAUGAAGAAAAGACAUGGAAUGGCAUUAGAACCUCUGACAUGCUCACAAUGUCCUAGAACCUUUAAGACUAUAUUUGAUCUGAAUUUUCAUAUAAAUAAGCAUCGUCCACUAUCAGAAAAAAGAAUAUUUCCAUGUCCACAAUGUGAUCGAAAAUUUCAGACAAAAGGUUAUGUAGCGAGACAUGUAAAGUUUGUUCAUGAAGAUAUUCGUCCAUUUAUUUGUGAGGAAUGUGGUGAAGGAACACGAACGGAAGCUACACUACGAGUACACAUGCUUACCCAUACAGACCUUGCACCUUUUGAGUGCGAAAUAUGUAAGAAAGGUUUUAAAAAUCGUACCCGCCUGAAGAAACAUAUGGACACGCACAGUUCUAAUAAACACAUCUGCAGUGAGUGUGGUUUAAAACUGAAUUCUCGUGUGACUUUGAACUUACAUAUGCUCGUACAUUCUGAUGUUAUGCGCCACAAAUGUGACUACUGUGGGCGGGCUUUCAAACGAGCCAAAACGCUGAAAAAUCAUUUAAUACUCCAUAGUGGACUAAAACCUUAUUCAUGCGAUUUCUGCGAUAAAACUUUUGCCAAUGGGGCUAAUUGUCGUACGCACAAAAAAAAAACUCAUCCGGAGGAAUUAGCAGCGUUAGAGGCUUCAGGCGAAAAAACACAUACAAAAAAUAUACCAAAAUUGGCUGUACUGAAAACUGUAACAAAAUCAGCCGAAAAUCUUAUCCCAGUUGUCUCCAAACAGAGUGGCAAUUUUUCGUUAGGUAGAAAGCCGAAACCUCCACUGGAUUAUACUGUGGACAGAAAACACUCCAAUUCGUUGACAGGAGUAGAUGCGUCUGCUGAAACAGUGUUAUCGGGGAGCCAAACAUUUUUUAAAGAAAACAGUUUAGACAUGACUAGUCUUACGGAGAGGAAUAACAUACCAUCGUCGUUUUGUCUAAUUAAUAUUCAUAUAAAAGAAAAAAACAUGCAAACACUAAACAAUCCAGUCGGUUAUGGAGGCUACAAUUCCUCUUCGACAUCCAAAGAUUGGCACUGUUGGUGUCGACUUUGCGCGAAAAUUGAUACACAUAGUAAAAACAUAUUCUAUGAACAUCAGCCACUAAUGACUUUUACUAGGGGAAAAAGUGACGAUAAUAGAUGUACAAUGGCCAUGGCAAUUGGAAAGUAUUUUUGCGUUCAAAUUAAACACGAUGAUGAUCUGCCCAAACUAUUAUGCACAGAGUGCAUUUCAUUGGUGACAACCCUUCUAGAUUUUAAUGAACGUGUUGAUAAAGUGCAAGAAAUGUAUGUUGCACUGCAAAGUGCUCAAUUCAGUAACGAUACAGAUUUCCAGUCUAUUCGACUAAAAUAUGGAAUUUUGAAGGAAGAUCCAGCUCAAUUAUACAAGCACCAACAUCAAGAAGAUUAUUUUACUGAGACGAUUGAUCAAACAAGUAUGGCUAACAUGCACAAUUUUGAAGUUAAACUAAUAAAAGAAAUCUCGAGGGAUGGCAUCCAAGACGAUGAAGUUGACUAUGCACAUGAAUCUGAGGGAGCUGAAAGUGAAGAUCCUUUUGCCAGCAAAAUUGGCAUAGAGACCGCUGAGGGCCAGACAUUUUCUGCAAUAAAAGAAUGUGAUGGAGAAAGUAGGGACGGUAAAGUUUCUAAUUUCAUAAAGUCGAAAGAAAAACAUAAGUUAUUCAAAACCAAAAUAUUCAUAAAUGAAAAGGGAGAAUCAUCAAAGGAAGAUAAUAACUUAAAACUAAUGGAUGAUAACCGUAAACGAUCUGGCAAAAGUAGUCAUAAGCAAAAGAUCAAAAAGUGCGUUCCUGAUGCCGAGGUAGGGUCAAUUGAUGACAAAUACUAUUGUAGCGACUGCUCACUUCAUUUCCAACGUCCUGGCAAUUAUCGUAUACAUAUGAAGAAAAGACAUGGAAUGGCAUUAGAACCCUUGACAUGCUCACAAUGUCCUAGGACCUUUAAAACUAUAUUUGAUCUGAAUUUUCAUAUAAAUAAGCAUCGCCCACUAUCAGAAAAAAGAAUAUUUCCAUGUCCCCAAUGUGAUCGAAAAUUUCAGACAAAAGGUUAUGUAGCGAGACAUGUAAAGUUUGUUCAUGAAGAUAUUCGUCCAUUUAUUUGUGAGGAAUGUGGUGAAGGAACACGAACGGAAGCUACACUACGAGAACACAUGCUUACACAUACAGACCUUGCACCUUUUGAGUGCGAAAUAUGUAAGAAAGGUUUUAAAAAUCGUGCGCGUCUUAAGAAACACAUGGACAUACACAGUACCAGUAAGCACGUCUGUAGCGAAUGUGGCCUAAAACUUAACUCGCGUGUUACUUUAAAUCUUCAUAUGCUUGUACAUUCUGAUGUCAUGCGCCACAAGUGUGACUAUUGCGGGCGAGCAUUUAAGCGAGCCAAAACGCUGAAAAAUCAUUUAAUACUUCAUAGCGGUCUAAAACCUUAUUCAUGUGACUUUUGUGAUAAAACCUUCGCUGAUGGGGCCAAUUGUCGUACUCAUAAAAGAAAAUCACACCCGGAGGAAUUAGCUGCUUUAAAAGCAUCAGGCGAAAAAACUUACACAAAAAAUAUACCCAAUUUGGCAGUAUUAAAAACAAUAACGCAGUCGGCUGAAAAUCUUGUUCCUGUUGUCUCCAAACAGAGUGGUAAUUUUUCCUUAGGUAAAAAGCCGAAACCUCAAACCGAUUGCACUGAUGGCACAAAAUACUCCAUUUCGUCGAUAGAAGAAGAUAAGUCUACUGAAGCAUUACUUUCAGGAAGUGAAACAAUUUUUAAAGAGAAUAGCUCAGACCCUGGAAACAUUUCGGAUAGAAUCAACAUGCCAUCGUCGUUUUGGUAAAGAAAAAUUUAAUCGGUUCUGUAAAGUUAUGUAGUUUAUAUAAACAGAAGUUUUUUAAGAGCUGGAAUUAAAAACUGAUCUAAUCAAAAUCUGUACUGUAUUU